AUGGAAUAGCCUAAAAAGAAACUUUCAAAAGCAAUCCCCUUAGAUCAAUCAUAGUAAUAGUAAAAGCCAAAAGCAUAAAUAGUUCUUAAUACUAGAGAAGUUAGAUAUCCAGUAAUUAAAAAAAUUGCAAGGCAAGUAUUUGGGUGGAAGAUUUCUAAAUGUCGUAAUCCAGAAGAUGACUGGGAUAUCUUGUGGACAGACUAGGUAUUUUCUGCUGAAAAAUUAUAAGGAAUGAAGCCAUAUCAAAUGAUUAAUCACUUUCCAGGCAUGUAUCUGAUAGCUUUGAAGCAUAAUUUGGGCAAAUACUUGAAACUUAUGCAAAAGGCUUUUCCUGAAGAGUUUAAAUUCUUCCCAAGAACAUGGAUAGCUCCUUAUGAAUUCUUCGAUUUAAACAAUUUUAUUAGUACAAGAAAAACUCCUCUAACUAUGAUUGUCAAGCCAUAAAACUAAUGCUAAGGCAAAGGUAUAUUUAUAACAAGAAAAGUGGAUGAAAUUCCAAAGGAUAAAUGCCAGGUUGUACAGUAGUACUAGACUAAUCCCUACCUAAUUAAUAACAAAAAGUUUGACCUAAGGAUAUAUGUUCUUGUGACAUAGGUUGAGCCAACAUUAAAUUGUUUCAUAUAUGGUGAUGGACUAGCUAGAUUUGCUACAGAUGAAUAUAAUAGUGCACCUGUCAAUAAUUCUAAUUUAUUCAUGCAUUUAACAAACUAUGCAAUUAAUAAAAAUAGCGAUAAAUUUGCAGAAAAUGAAUAGGAUUUUAAAAAGAGAUUGGUCGAGAUUUACGAUUUAUUCAAAGAAGAGGGCCAUAAUAUAGAAGAAUUAAAAUCUACAAUCAAGGAUAUGAUUAUCAAGACUUUAAUGAGUAUUUAACCUUAGUUAGCUCAUAAUUAUAAAUCAUGCACUCCUAGCCAUGCUGAAUUCAGAUCAUGCUUUGAACUUUUAGGUUUCGAUAUUUUAAUUGAUAAGAAAUUGAAGCCAUGGCUACUUGAAGUAAAUCAUGCUCCUAGUUUUAAUGAUGAUACAGAAGUUGAUAAGAUAGUAAAGACCAAUUUAAUUACAGAUACUUUCAGACUUUUAGAUGUAAGCCUUCAAAACAAACAAAGAAUUUUAAACAAUGAAAAGAAACAAGUUGCUAAAAGAAGUGAAUAAGAAAAUCCUGAUGAUUCUGUCCCUAAUAAUUAGAAAAAUGAAAAUAAUGAUUUUAAGAAAUAUGAAAACUAUCAAUUGAAAAAUCUAGGAAAUUAUGAGAAAAUAUAUCCAUUAAAUUUGCAGACAGAGGAGGCAUAAAUUAAAAAUGCAAUUUAUGAGUAGAUCAGGGAGGAGGCUCACAAAGUUUGGGUCUCUCAAACAGGAGUUAAAAAAUCUGAAGAGAACAAGAAAAAGCAAGUUUAGGAUAUGAAGGAUAUGAAAGUUAUAAUGAAAAAUAGAUUAGCGAAAUCUUCUCAAGAUAGCUUCCAAAAAGAUUAACCAAAAAGAGGCGAAAGCAAAGUUAAGCCUUAACUUUCAAAGGUGAAAAGCUAGCUCAGUCAAAAUAUGCAUCAAAGUGUAAACUCCGCGAUUAAUAAGAAUAUUAAUAGUAGCGAAUAGGAUUACAGUAAUUACACUCAAUAAAGUACUAAGCCAUCGGUUUCAAGUAGUUAAUCUUAGAGAAUGCAAGUAAGCAUCGUUUAAUAGCAGUUUUAGAUGUAUGAGCCAGAAGUAAAAAUGCUAAAGCCACCUAUUAAUAGAGGAUAAUCACAAAAGAGUAAUUUAAAGCAAUAACCAAUCUUCUAACAGCAAUAGACUUUUGAAAUCUAGAGUCAAAUGCCUCUCUAACCUAUCAUUAAAGAAGAUCCCCCAGUUGAAAAGAGAUAUUACAUUGAUACCAGCAAGUAUGAUUGGAUCCUGCCGGAUAUUAAGGGUCAAAAUUUUUACAAAGCACCUAAAUAGACAGGCCCAAAACAGGCUCUUCAAAAUUAAGUUUAUGAGUUUAGUAUGCCAUUUGGAGAUCUUGGUAAGGCUUAGCAAGAGCCAAGUAAAAAAGUAGGAUAAGAAAAUAGAAAAACAUUUAAUGCAGACAAUAAAAAGUAAAUAUAGAUUAAUAAGAAGACCACAAGUAUAACUUAAAAGUCUUUUCAAAAUAACGAUAAAUUUUUAUAUAUGUGA